AUGUUCAGUAACCGGAAACCUAACAAGAAACCGAUCGCCACAAUUGUUGGAAACCGUAACCAUUCACCCUUUCUUCUCUCUUCUUCGAGACUGUCUUCUCCAGCCACUUCAAACCACUGCAGCCAACCCCUUCACCAUCUCUAUCCUUCGUUCCCCAUCCCCAACGUGAAACAGCUAGAGCCACUACCACAUCCAUUUUGCCUUAAGAUUUCUUGUGUUAAUAUCUCUAAUUUGGAUUUUCAACAUGUUUCAGAAACCUGUAUCAUAGAAAUUAAUGGUUUUGGAAUCAGAAUUUUUAUCAGAUUUGAUUUUGGUUUUGUUUUGAUGAUGACGGCUGUUUCGAAUGGCGGUGGAGAGGUACAAGAAAAUUGGACUAAACUUGAUAUCUGAAAAAACAAAUGGACCGAUUUGUGGCAAGGAAAAAGAACAUAUAUAAAGAGAGUUGGAAAUGGUUACGGCUGUACUUUUCAUGGUGACAUCAAGGAGCCCAUCUUCGCCAUGAUCGAGUGUCACAUGGUCGAUCCAUACCUUUGUAGAACCAAAAACGGAAAUAGCAUCUCCAUCGCUUUUUGAUCUUGACCCAGCUUUGGUCUCACAAGUCCUAAUCUUUCCACCAUCUACUACUUUUAUAUGGUGUAUGUGGAUCCCAUGAAUAAUGACAUUGUUCACUUUGUAUACACCCAGACCUCCACCAUUAGCAAUCUCGACAGAGGCACCUCUACCAUCAAUUGUCUUGUCACUAUUAAUCACGAGCUCAUGUUUCAACGUGAUCACCAUAUCUUUGUCGAAUGUAAUCCAUAAAGGUCUAUCUCGAGUAACACCAAAACGUAGCGUCCCUUCCUUUGGAUUCUCACAAUCGUCAUCUGAAGGAUCAGUCACCACGUAGAUGUCUCCACCCUUGCCACCUGUGGUUCCUUUUGCAUAACCAAGAACACAAUCGGCUAAUGCUUGACGGUUUUCUGCCCAAUCGGAUUUGCCCCUCCAGCAUUUGUCUAUAUCGUUUCUUGCUUCGCAUGUGGUAUCAUCCUUGUCGUCUAGUUCAUUACCAGGUUCAGGUGAUGAGAAGAGACCAGCAAAAAUAACCGGAGCCAUGAAAACCAAGAUAUGAGUGAAAAGCAAAACGAACUUAUGUUUCCCCAUUGUAUAUAUGAUUCUCUUUUGCACACAACUUUUUUCCUCAAAAGUUCCUAAAACACUGUGUUAUUAUGAAUCUCAAGUUAAUCGCUAGCUAUAUAUGUUAAUUAUUCCAAAACAAUGGCAUCCUUGAUU